UCUCUGGCGGAGGAGAACUGCUGGCUGGUGCAGAGACCGAGGUCAGUUCAAGUCCUGGGGCAGCAUCACACAGAGGGCAGCAGCAGGAGGAAGAGGUAGCAGCUCCUGCCCUGGUGAACUAUAAGAAAUGCUCUCCCGAUUAAGAGUAGUUGCCACUCCCUGUGCACUGGCAUGUCGCACCGUGCACACGAAAGAAAAAGGCAAGCCGUUGAUGUUAAAUCCAAGAACAAACAAGGGCAUGGCCUUUACAUUACAGGAAAGACAAAUGCUUGGGCUCCAAGGACUUUUACCUCCUAAAAUAGAGACACAAGACAUUCAAGCCUUACGCUUCCAUAAGAAUUUGGCAAAAAUGAGUGACCCAUUGGAAAAAUAUAUCUACAUAAUGGGAAUCCAAGAGAGAAAUGAAAAGUUAUUCUACAGGAUAUUACAAGACGAUAUCGAGAGAUUAAUGCCAAUAGUAUAUACACCAACAGUAGGUCUAGCCUGUUCCCAAUAUGGACAUAUCUUUAGGAGACCAAAAGGAUUAUUUAUUUCUAUCUCAGACAGAGGUCAUAUUAGGUCAAUUGUGGACAACUGGCCAGAAACUGAUGUUAAGGCUGUUGUAGUAACUGAUGGAGAGAGAAUAUUAGGUCUUGGAGAUCUGGGUGUCUAUGGAAUGGGAAUUCCUGUAGGAAAACUAUGUUUGUAUACAGCAUGUGCUGGAAUACGGCCAGAUAAAUGCCUGCCUGUAUGUAUCGACGUUGGAACUGACAAUCUAACCCUAUUAAAAGAUCCUUUUUAUAUGGGCCUGUACCAAAAAAGAGACCGCUCACAACUUUAUGAUGACCUGAUUGAUGAGUUUAUGGAAGCCAUUACAGACAGGUACGGCCAUAACACACUUAUUCAGUUUGAAGACUUUGGGAAUCAUAACGCUUUCCGUUUUUUGAGGAAAUACAGAGAGAAAUAUUGCACCUUCAAUGAUGACAUUCAGGGGACAGCUGCAGUGGCCUUAGCAGGAAUGCUAGCAGCACAGAAGGUUGUUGGGAAAGCAAUCACAGAGCAUAAAGUUUUGUUUCUUGGAGCAGGAGAGGCUGCUCUUGGAAUUGCAAACCUCAUUGUUAUGGCUAUGAUGGAAAGCGGUAUUUCUGCAGAGGAAGCAUAUAAGAAAAUAUGGAUGUUUGAUAAAUAUGGCCUGUUGGUUGAGGGCCGAGAACAAAAGGUAGACGCCAAUCAAGAGUCAUUUAUGCACCAACCCCCAGACCAGGUGCCAAAGACAUUUGUAGAUGCGGUGAAUGUACUUCAGCCGUCAGCUAUUAUUGGAGUUGCAGGGGCUGGCCGACUCUUUUCACAUGAUGUGAUCAAAGCCAUGGGUUCCAUCAAUGAAAGACCUAUAAUAUUUGCACUAAGUAACCCUACAGUGAAAGCUGAAUGCACUGCUGAGGAAGCUUAUACAUUAACAGAGGGGCGGUGUUUGUUUGCCAGUGGCAGUCCGUUCGAGCAUGUGGUUUUGAAAGAUGGACGAUCCUUCAAACCAGGCCAGGGAAACAAUGCCUAUAUUUUUCCAGGUGUGGCUCUGGCUGUAAUCCUCAGCGGUGUUCGGCAUAUUAGUGAUAAGGUCUUCCUUGAGGCCGCAAAGACAUUGACAGACCAGUUGACUGAUGAGGAACUUGCCCAAGGACGACUUUAUCCACCACUGUCCAACAUCAAAGAAGUUUCUAUUUGCAUUGCUGUUAAAGUUAUGGAAUUUAUGUACGCAAACAACAUGGCUUUCCAUUACCCCGAACCUGCAGACAAGAACCAAUAUAUACAAUCAAAGAUUUGGAGCUACGAAUACGAAUCCUUCAUGCCAGACGUGUAUGACUGGCCUGUGUCUACGGGCAAAGCCAGCUGAAAUGCACUGACAUACUAAAGAUCGCACUCCUCGGGUGCUGUCUUCUACUCUGCAGGGAAUCUUUUUCAGACCAAUUUACGAUAAUGACUUUUGCAACUUGUAACUUAUUUUCCCUCAUUUUGUUGUCUCUCCUCCAUCCCCUCAUUUUUCUGCGUGACUGAUUUUUUCCCAUAAGAAUCUGAUCAACUAUAUUGGUGAUGGUUCACAUCACAUGAAUGGUAUAGCUGUCCAAAAUUCAUUUAAAUGACAGUAAUGUUGUAACUGAAGUUUAGAGCCCUCUUCACAUCAGAGAAUUUUUAAAUGGUAUUUUAGCCAUAGAUAAAUGAUAAUGAACUGUAUUCUCCGUCUCAUCAUUGCUGAUUGCCAAGAUAUUUGCUUUUGAUUUUUAAUAAUAAGUCUUCUGUCUAGUUUCUUCAUUGUCAUCACGAACAAUGAAUUGUCGCAUCACAGAAAGAAUCUCUCAAGAAAAAAGGCCAGAUGUAUCAAAAUGGCAGAUUCUGUUCCAUUUGCAGAACAAAGCUACAUGUGUCCAGGUUUCCAUGCUUCAUUCAGCCUUCUUGGCUGUGGGGAGGCCAGUGUUGUGUGCACAUUUGAAAUUUGCAACACUAUUUGUACUCUACAGUUUAAUCAUUGUAUAGAAUUUAUUAUUGGGAAAAAAUUGUGAAUUAGUUUGAAAAAAGUUGUUCUUGAAAAGUCUGAAAAUAAUCACGUUAUAGUCGGGAGGUUUUAUAUAAGCAAAAGAAGGUAAACUAUUGCAGAUUAUUCUACUUUUUGAGAUGCAGUUUAUAAAGCAGUCUACAGAAUCCUUUAUAGUGAGUUGUGGAAGCUACGGGUGGUUCAGUUUAGCUGCAGAACUCAGAAAUUAUCUGCCAAAAGAUUUUGGUUUGAUGUGUUUUCUUUUUAAGGUUCUGUUACUUUUAAGCAAACCUCUCAGCAUUGUGUUCUUCCUAGAACUUACAUCCUUUGUUUUCACAUGAGGCGUUUGUAGAGCCAGGUGACCCAUCACUGACCAGAAGUGACUCCAAAACAGACCUGCUUGGUGCUUUGAACAAAAGUUAUUUUCCCUCUUUCUUCUUUUUUCUGUUGCUGAUUUAACCUGGAACAGUGGGUGCUGCAGGCAGCUAUUGAUAUGUGCACUUCCAGCGGUUUGACUGCAUGUUUCCUGCAGUCUUCGCUUGAUAGACUCCCAGUAGUUCAGCAUGAAUAGAAGACUCGAAAAGUCUGACUUUCGAAAGUUUUCAGUCGAUCCCUUGUUCCUCUUCACACCACAGAAUGUGAAUUUAAUUUAACUUCUAUCAAGUUACUCCAUAUGAAAUCAGAAGUUGUGGCCAGAUCAUUGCUAGAUUAGUUCUUUUUUUCCUCAUCGAUUCAUUCAGGCUUAGCCUCCUGUUGCAUGGAAGGCCCUGAAUUUGACGUGGGUAUUAUUGUUUUGGUUCCUUCUCGUUUCCCCCCAUCUACUGUCUGAGUGAAUCCAGUUCUCCACAUUAGUAGACACAGGAUGUGGCUAUUGCUGGUUGUCUAUGACUUUGUUAAAACCAUCCCCUAAGAGCAGGGGUAACAUAAGACUAGACAAAGGGAACUGUGUGCUUUACUGGAGUUUUGCUGUGUCAAGAACCAAUGGCAGAAAUAAAUAGCUCUUCUGGCUGAACUGACAGGCUAGAAGCCAAGAUCCAGAUACAUGAAUAAAUUUAUCCAUGGCAAAUAUAUGCACAGCAGGAAGCGCAGUCACCAGGCCCCCUUGAAGAGGGUGCAGAGCCCCCAUCCUUUUAUUGCUUACUCUGUUAUGGUUUUAAAAUAAACAUGAAGUGAUUGUUUUUAUCUUUUUAAGAGCAAAAGGUGAGAGGAAGAAAAGUAGAGUUUGCAGUAGAUUUUAACUAGGUGAGGAGAGAAGACUGCUUUUUCCAAAUAUCUCAGUGAUGGAAAAAUUACUUGACAAUAUACUGAGGUUUUGGUAAAACAGAGUGUGGAGGCGGCUUUAAAUUCUACGUUGUUGUAUUUUGUGAAUUAUGAGGUUCGCAAUUUAUAUAUCUAUAAAAAAAGACCAACACACACAUGGUGUUUUUACAAAGAAUUCCUUUUCAUCUAUUUUUGCAAUGCUUGGUUUCUAGUGUAUUUAUAAGUUAAUUUAAACUUGAAUCUUAUUCUGGGAUCAUUAUUUAUUUAGUACAGAAAAUAACUACCAGGUCUUCUGAAAACUCAAAUCUCACCAAAGCAUGAAUUGAGAAUUAGUUAUUUGUGUGUAAGUGUAUUAAAGGAAACGUGCAACAAACAUUUCCCCACUCCUUCCAGUGAAAAUGUGAAUUUAACAAAGAAAAAAAUAAGCACUCCAUAUGUUGCCUUCAUGGUAUGUGUUGAAGAUGAAUCUUCUGUAUCCUGGGUCAGCAAUGACUGCAGAGACUGUGCUCAGCCAUUGGGGGAAGGUUGUACCUUGUGACUAAAUAGAAAUAUACAUAUUUCCAUUUAGGGCCUUAUUUCUCAGAAGAGCUGAGCAGCCACAAUUCAAAGUCAAUGGGAACUGUACGUACUCUGCACUUCUGAAAAUUAGGCCCUUCAAGAGUGGCAUUGACUGACCACAGUAGGCUGCUGCCCUAGGCUGUAAGGAUAGCAGCUGAUACUGUCAGCCAAAACACAGAAAAAAAUUGGCAGGGACUUCCAAUAAAGGUGUGGACCAGGUUUCCUGUUUUCGCAAAACAUACUCUGUUAUUUUCUUGCUGGCCUCCAUCUGUAGGAGCCCAGAGCAUUACAUUGCUCAAAAGUGACUUGUAGUGGCAUUGACCAGCUGUGAAUGUUUUUGAAACUUUGUUUGAGAUACAAGAAGCCACUGAAAAGGAGAGGAGGGAGCAUAGCUCUUCUGUCUGACUCUGUCCCUGUCUUUACUACAUCUAUAACUGAAACAGAAGACAUAUUUAAAAUACAAUUGUUUCCUGAUCUGGGUACAGAAUGCUUCAAAGUUCUAAUGUAUGUAGGAUCUGACUGUCUCUGCAACUGGGUAAAGAUCAUAGAAGUCCAGGGUUUUCACUUAGUUACUAGUACACAGAUCUCAUCUAACUUGCAACUUGUGACUAGGUUUUGUUGUUCAGUUAUCACUGGAUCAUAACUAGGGUCUAAGAUUAUACAUGUAAUUUACCACCACUGUGUUUUCUAUUUGUGACAGGGUACCAGCUCAGGUAAUCCUACUUUGGAUGCAUUUCACUUUUCCUUUUUAUUAUUUUUAAAUACAUGCUGAAAGGGAUGAGAUAGAUUCCAUGCAUUAUCAUAUUUAAUAAAUUCAUUCAAACUA